GAUCUUAAGCCUAAAGUAGUCGGACUUCGUCGAUUGAAGAGAGAAAUCUCAAGUCCCAUUUAGCUCUCGCAAGAAAAUUGAAGAAGCCGAUAGUUUCCUGCGAUGCCGCCGAAGAGAAAUUUCAGGAAGCGUAACUUCGAGGAGGAAGAAGAAGAUGAUCUAAGUAAAGCCGCAAAUUCAGAUGAAGAAGAGAAACGAAGAUUGGCGUUGGAAGAGGUCAAGUUUUUGCAGAAGCAGAGAGAAAGAAAAUUAGGAAUCCCAGCUUUAUCUACGGCGCAGUAUAGCAUAGGAAAAGUGAAAGCAGUGGAGAAACCCGAAGCUGAAGGAGAGAAAGAGGAGCUUGUGUUGCAGGAUACUUUUGCUCAAGAGACCGCUGUUUUAAUUGAAGAUCCCAACAUGGUAAAGUACAUUGAACAAGAACUGGCGAAGAAAAGGGGAAAAAAUCUUGAUGAUGCAGAGGAGGUUGAGAACGAACUGAAGCGAGUAGAGGAUGAGUUGUAUAAGAUACCUGAUCAUCUUAAAGUUAAGAAACGUAGCUCGGAAGAGAGCUCAACACAGUGGACUACAGGAAUAGCAGAAGUGCAACUCCCAAUCGAAUACAAGCUGAAGAACAUUGAAGAAACAGAAGCUGCCAAGAAGCUUCUGCAAGAGAAGAGGCUUACGGGUCGGCCAAAAUCAGAGUUUAACAUUCCUUCUAGUUACAGCGCUGAUUACUUCCAGCGCGGGAGAGAUUAUGCUGAGAAGCUUAGAAGAGAGCAUCCGGAACUAUACAAAGAUAAAGGGCCUCAAGCUGAUGGCGAAGGAGCUAAACCGUCUAUUAGUAAUAACAAUGGUGCUGAAUCAGGGAAAAGCAGACAAGCUGCAACUGAUCAAAUCAUGUUGGAACGAUUCCGCAAGAGAGAGCGUAACCGUGUGAUGCGGAGAUAAGAGUGACAUGAUACUUGACUUGGAAGUGACUCGGAACAGAUUUGAUAUUAUGAAAAGCGUAACACUAUCUCCGUUGUAUUCGAAUCAUGUAACAUUUUUCAUUCAAGAAAUCAAGUUUUCAUU